AUGUCUUACAACGGCAUUGGCCUCCAGACUCCAAGAGGCACCGGCACGUCGGGCUAUGUGCAGAAGAACCUUGCCGAUAAGAAGGUUCAAGGAUAUCGCAAAAAGAGAGAGAGGGAGGCGGAGGAGGCUGAGAGGAAAGCAGCUAAAGAAAGACAGGUGAAGUCCAGAAGAAGUGUUGGAGAGGAUAUCAGAGAGCAUGAGAGGAAGAGGGAAAUUGAGUUGAAGUGUGCUGAACUACGAGACAAGCUUGAGGACGAAGAUGAGAAGGAGGCGGUUAUAGAGAAGAAAGUGGCCGAGCUACGCUUGAAACUUACCAAGAGGGAAGAGCAGCCGAAAAAGGCUAAGGGUUCUGAUGACAAGAACGAGAUCAAGGGUGAAGACAAUAUAGUGAAUGAAGUGAACGACUUGCACGAACAAGAUGCCGAGGACACGAAGGGGACUAAUACUUCGACAAAGAAGCCUGCCGUUCCAAAGCAACCAGAGCAGCAAGUAACGUCUUCAUACAACUACAAGCCACGCUACGGCGAUCGAUGA